GACAGUGUUGUUUGAUAGAUUUGUUUAGCGAAAAAAAAACACGCAACUGGAAACGCAACGUGGAAGCGCCAUGGAGAAGUUCAUGAUCGACUUGGACAAGGUCCUCAAUGACUUCGAAUUCAACGAAGAUUGCGCGGAGCAAAUAGCGGCAGUCGCAACUUCUGCGAUCGAUGCGUCAGUUGUGGAAAAGCGUGCUAACGAAUCCGUGCCUCCGAAAGUGUACAGCUUUAAUCCCGAGAAAGGCGACGUGGCACCGACCGUCGAAAAAUACAGGGACACUCGGCCGAUGGAGGUCGACUCCAAGUAUACGCUAGUGGAGAAGAAUAUAGUAUUUAUAUCGGACAACAAAGAUUCCGUGAACAAUUUCUAUACGCACGACCGUGUCAACGACAUCACGACCGGGCAGAAAUCAUGUGUUCAUCCUUAUGACUCUGAUCAAGUGUCUUCGGCGGCGUACGGUGAUGUAUCUCAAAACUCGAUGCAGAAACAGCAGGGUGGUGCGAGCAGCGAUUCGAAAGACGGCGAUAGAUACGACAAGAAAUUGAAUCAGCCGAACUUCAAGCCCAGCAUCAGCAAUGUGUUUAAUAGUUUGAACGAAUAUAUUAAUGCUCCCACUAGAAGCUUGAGUUACGUCGAGCCUAUGCUGGAUACGGUAGACGAUUUGUCUAAGAGGUCCAUGGACGAUUUAGCGGAGAAGGAUUUUAGGUCGAGCAGAGACGUGACGAUUAACGAACGUUCAAUUCCGAUGGAGAAAGGUGUAACGAAUGCUGCGGUCGACAAGAUUACUGUAGACCAUAAAAAUGUUUUACCGGUUGAAUUGGGCACGUUUGUCAAAGUUGAACCUAGUAACAAACAGGAUAAUAUAAUGCAGAACGUUAUGUUUUAUCAUUCUACUACGAUGCGGUCUGAGGAAAACAACGGCGACGCUAUAAUUCCUGUAUCAAACACGGCCAUCUCGAGACGUAAUGACAUUACGAUAAAUACGGAACUGUCCAGUAAUAAAGACGAUGUUGAUAAAAAGGUCAUGGUUAGCGACGCGUUUAAAGAAAAUUCUGAUAGCAUCAUUAGCAAACAACGGCAGUUGGACUUGGAUAAUCGAGAGCCCGUCGGCGAGUACACAUUUGUCGAGAAUAAGGAAAGCAUAGCGGAGAAUACCGCAAUGUUGGAUAAGACUGUAACGAGCAGCGAAGAUCAUGAUAAAAAUGUAGAAGCAACCAAGAGCGACGUCUUCUCUAGCAUACAUAUGACUCAUACAAUUGAUACCGGCGAUGAUUUUUCUGAAGAAGAACUGAACCAGUAUUUGUUAGAGUUAGAGAACGAAGAGAGAUCCAAGACAGAAAAUACAUCGCUUUCGGAUAAUACCUGGUUGCCGCAGUCACAUGACGAAUUGAGAGGUGACGGAGAAGAAAAGAGUGCGAGUCGGCGAGAUGACGAGGAUGUUAACGAAGCGCCGAUAUUCGAGAAAAUUACGAUAGGCGAACUUCCGAAGAUAUCGCAGGAGGAGUUUCAGGAGAAGACGAAAAAAUUUCCCGUAAUUGAUUAUAACACGGAUAUAUGUAACGAAAAUAUAACGGAUGUAAAAUGUAAUAAAUGUAUUGAACACGCUUUAUGUGAAAAAAGUAAUCAAUUAAAGGAUAUACAAAGUAAUGAGCUAGACAAAACGAUAAAAGAUUCCCAUGUGAUCGAAACGAUUGGUCAGGAUGUAGCGACACAAGAUAGCACCCUGCAAGCUAUGUCUAGUAAUGUCAUCGCCGUUCAAGAGAAAGUCCCGUCAAAGUUCGAAAAUAUCGGAGAACAGUUUUGCAGUAACGGCACACAGAAAUUACAACAAGAUUCUAAUAGAGAUACUCUGUCGCAGGAUGACAGUAGUGGUACUUUAUUAAAUUUAUCAGAAAACAAAGAAGAUCACGACGAGAUAGUGUAUUGCCAAGAUAUUGCUGAAAAUAACAAAGAUGUCGUACAUGAGACCAGCGCACAUGACGGCGAGGAGAUCUCUAAAAUGGAAACCGCAUCUAAAAUCAGCGAUACUUGUAUGGCCCCUCAUACGAAGGAAAGUGAUCAGGAAGCCGAAAAGCCGACCCGUCCCCAGACACUUGACAUUGUAUUGACGCAUAAUACAAGUGACUCACAUUCACAGACAGAAUCCUCGAGUUUUGUACCAGAAGAACCGGAACACUCAGAAAUCAGUGGCACUGUUGACGAAGAUCGCGGUGCUUCGUCGGAUGUUUCUGAUAAUUCUUUAGUCGAAUGUAACACAGUAUUGGGAAAACAGCCUCCGUUUUGGAUUCCGGAUAGCGAUGCACCUAGUUGCAUGUUGUGCGAUGUUAAAUUUACUGUACUUAAAAGGCGUCAUCAUUGUCGUGCUUGCGGUAAGGUACGUAUUUAUUGA